AUGCAGUCAAAUAUUUGGUGCUCAUUACGCAGCAUUAGCAAAACAGUGAUCUUCCAUCAUGAUCCAUCUCGUCAUCUCAAUAAUAUCACCAAAUCUCAAGAAAGACCCAAAAAAUAUGAAGAAAAAAUGAUGCAGUCACAGUGUCCUUCAGCGAAACGGAACAUACCGCAAUGA